GUCAAGAAACCUCUCAAAGAACAGAAGGUAGUCAAGAAAUAUCUCAAAGAAGAGAAAGAAGAAAAAGAAGAGAAGUCAAUCAAAGAGGAGAUGAAAGCACCCAAAGAAGGGGUAGAUUUGAUACCAUCUAAGGAAGAGAAAAAACUGAAAAAGCCUCAAGAGGAGAAAGCAGAAAAAGAGAUGAGGCCUAACGAACUGAAGGAAAAGACAUCUUUUAUGGAAAGGAAAGAAGUGACGAAACCCUCUAAGGACACGAAGGAAGAAAGGGAGCCACAAAAGGAAGAGAAAGAACUUAAGAAACCUACAAAAGAAAAGGAGGAAAAAGAGGUUAAGAAACCAUCUGAAGAGAAGAAAGACGGAAAGCCUUCAAAGAAAGGGAUAGAAGACAAGAGGCCUUCAAUGGAAGAGAAAGAAGAGAAAAGGCCUUCCGUGAAGGAAAAAGAAGUUAGGAAGCCCUCUAAAGAAGAGACAGAAACUAAGAAGGCCCCUGUCCAGGAAAAGGAAGUCAAAAAGCCUAUAAAGAAGCCGUCUGUGGAGGAAAAACCUCACAAAAAAGAGAAGAGAGAAGAGAAAGAACCAACAAAGCCUAAAGAGGCCGAAGAAGUUAAAAAGCCUCACAAAGAAGAGAAAGCCAUAAUAAAGCAAACAAAAGAAGAACCAGAGAAGAUCUCCAAAGAGAAGAAACAACCAGCUAGGUCUUCCAAAGAGGUGGAAGAAAAGGAAAAGCAAGGAAGACCUUCCAAAGAAAGGGCCGUACCAAAGAAGCCCUCAAAAGAAAAACAAGAGCCAGAGAAACCUUCUAAAGAUGAAAAAGAACCGACACAACUGUCUAGAAAGGAAGAAAAAGAAGUUUUAGAGAAACCCUCCAAAGACAAGACAGUGGUCAAGAUGAUUCCAAAAAAAGACAAGGAACCAACAAUUUCUAAGGAAGAAACAAUACCAACAAAGCCUUCUAAGGACAAAGAACCUGCCAAGAAGAGAGAUACUAAGACAGCUGAUGAACCCAAGAAGGCAGUAAAGGUGGAGAAAGCUGUGAAAAAUCAGAUAGUUCCUGUCCUGAAACAGGGACACAUGAACGUUACAAAAACAGAAGCUGAGCUUCUCAAGGGGAAGAAGGCCGAGCCAGCACCUGUUAUCAAAGUAAAACCUAGAGCUGCUGAAAAGAAAAAAGAGGUUCCUGAUGUCCCUGAAGCCAAACCAGAAGCUGCAAAGAAAGUGGCAGCUCCAAAGGAGCGCAAGAAGGAACUAAAGGAGCAAAUCAAAGCUAAACCUGUAAAACCAGACGCUGGACCCAAAAAGGCUGUAAAGAGGAUUAAAGUAGUCAAGAAGGAGGUUGCGUCUGUUCUGAAGGAACAUUUUAAUGUGACAAAAGAAGCUGAUGAACCCAAGAAAGCAGUAAAGGUGGAGAAAGCUGUGAAAAAGCAGAUAGUUCCUCUCCUGAAAAAGGAGCACAUGAAUGUUAUAAAAACAGAAGUUCCUGAAGUUUCUAAGGUGAAAGCCAAAACAGAACAUGCAAAGAAAGUGGCAGUUCACAAGGAGCCAAAGAAGGAACAAAAGGAAAAGAUCGAAGCUAAACCCGCCAAACCAGAAGUUCCAAAGGAAAAGACCAAAGCGGCUCCUGCUAAGAAAGAAGCUGUUGUUCCAAAAGAAAAGGCCAAACCAGUCAUCUUGAAAAAAGAACAAGAGGACACUCCCAAAAAUGUCUCUCUGGUUAAACAGCGAGUCAAAAUAGUGCCUAUGAAAAAAGAAGUCAAGGCACCCAAAGAGAAAGUAAAGGUGGUCUCUGCAAAGACAGCAUCCGAGGAUUCAAAACAGAAGCUUAAACUAGCUCUAACAAAGAGAGAACCUGCUCCACUCAAGACAAAACCAGCCCCUUUUGUCAAAGAAGCAGAAGUACCACAAAAAAAUGUCUCAAUAACAAAGGAGAAGGUGAAGGUUGUGCCACUGAAGAAAGGAGCUGAGGUUCUCAUGGAAAAGAAGGCCAAGCCAGUCACUUUCUCAAAAGCACCUGUUAUCAAAGCAAAACCUAGAUCUGCUGAAAAGAAGAAAGAAGCUGUUGUGAAAGAAAAGGCAAAAGUCUCAAAGAAAGAACCUGAGGCCAAGCCAGUUCUUGCCAAAAAAGCACCUGAGGUUGCAAAGGAGAAGCCUAAGCCAGCUCAUGAGACGAGAGCUCCUUCUAAAACAGAGGCUGAAACAAAGAAGGAAAAGGUCAAAUCCCUUCUAAAGACGAAAGAGCCCAAAGUGCCAGAGGACAAAGUCAAACCAGCUCGUGAAAAAGCAUUGUUGAGGAAAAAGGCCAAACCAGUCCAUGUAAAGAAAGAAGUGGAGACUCCUAAAGAAAAGGACAAACUUGCUGCAGUGAAAAAAGAUGAGAAAAAGGCAGCCAAAGAAGAGAAAGCUAGAGAGGACAGAGUUCUUAAAGAGAUACAGGAGCCAGCAAAGAAAGGAAAACCUGCUGAGAAGAAAGUCGCCAAGGAGAAGAAAAUAAAAGCAGAGCCUUCUGUAUCAGACAGCUUUCAAAUGGAAGAAGAGCUGCCCUACUUCCAGUGUUUCUUUGUGGACGAGGAUGAGGCCCAGUUUCCUUUCUACGCCUUCUCACCGCUACAAAUUUGAAGCUUCAGUCUGAAUCCAGUCUGAGGUUUACAAUUUAGUCAAUUUUACUGAUAAUGACACGGUCACGUCACGCCCUGCACUGCUGAAACACAGCAUGCUGUCCACUGAUGGUCUUCAAGAGAAAACCCUGGACAGCAGAGGAUAAGGGGUGAUUUUAUGUGAUGGACCGACUUUAUUUUACUUCCAGAUUUGGUUGAGCUCUAAUACCAAAUACAUGCAGCUUGUGUCAUUCCUUUCCAUUUUUUUUAUUAUUUUAUUGUUUUGAAAGGUGGAUAUAAUCAAAAUGAUGGAACAAUAUCGUAUAUUACCUCUGUGGAUCAUUCAUUUGGAUCCUCACAGCAACACAUUUUUUAAGAAGGAACAUAAUGUUGUAAACGGACUACAAACAUGGCCACAAUUGCUGAUUCAAGGCGGACGAGGGUUCAGUUCUCACAUUUACUUGAAAAGUGGUUUGUACAGUAAUAGUACUUACAUUUUUAUGCACCGUCAUCUGUGUAAUUUUACAUUUUCCUUCACUGCAUUGUAGUUGGCAAUUUUUCUAAUGCUGAACUUCCUGCUAUUAAAAGCCCUUGAACGAACAAUUGAGCAUUUAUAGUGUUUGUGCAUAAUUCCAUUAUUCUUGCUAUUGUUUCAGUCAUUUAAAGGAAACCUUGUUCCUCACAAAUAUUCCUCUAUCUAAAGAAAAGAAAGUUUUUUUUUCUGUUUCUUUGUACUAUGUCUGUUAUGUGUAAAAAGGAAUGACCACGCACUGUAUAUGAGAGCUCCCAAAAGAACACUACCUUUAAAGUCUUAUAAAUGGCUGACAUGUGCACCAGCUCCUCAUUUUGACAUUGUUGCUAAAAAAAAAGCAUUGCCUGCACUGUCAGAAUGAGGUUUGAGUUCAUAUUUACUUUUUCUACCAUCAAGUAUUAGAUUUAUUCUAAAACUGGACGACAUGUUGGAAAAGUUAUUUUUCCAGCUGCUAACUCUGUUCCGAUUCUUUUACUUAAGGCAUUUGAAUGUGAUGCUACUUGUUUUAGUCAAUGAGAGGGCGAGUAUAAGUCUUUUCUUGCACUGUUAUCAAAGAUGAUUUACAAGUUGGAACAUUAAAAGUAGGGCACAUGUGAUGGAUUUUUUUUUUUGUCAAUCAAAAAGGAUGUGGCUAACAGCGAUUUCUUGAUAGACCAAAAACACAACGUCACUAACUUUGGUCAGUGGCUGUUUGUCUGUGUGCAUAACGUAGAAACAUGAUAUAUUUUAGCAACCUUUUGAACAGGUUCUUAACAUAUAUACCAUGAUAUUGAUGCAUUACCUCUUUUAUUUUAUUACAUCUUAUCAACUAUAUAUACAAAAAAGUUACCGGAUUCAUACAGAUUAUGAAUAUCCUGUGCAUGUGAUGUACAGUGUGGAUUACAUGAUUUCAGAUUGAUUUUUAAGUCACGUAUUUGAAAUCUGAUAGAAGAAUGAUAGAAGAUAAUGACAAGUGAGCUGCACGAAUCAGCUUGUCUAAUUUGACAACUUGAAUGUGGUUGUUAACAUGAUCAUGUCAAAGUUAUUU